AUGUAUUAGUAGAUUAAAUUAUAAAAAAGAUAGAUAUAUCUAGAUAUAUAUAUAAAUUUUUAUAUUUUUAUUCAUUGGAUCAAUAUUGGUACAUAGUAAAUGGAGAAGAACUAAUGCCAUAUAGACAUUCUCUAUUGCCAAGAUUUGUAAUUUUAUAGAUAAUCCAAACAAAUGUUUAUAGAUUAUAUAUUCUAUAAUAAAAUUAUUUUUUAUUAUUUAUAAGGAAUAAAAAUUAAAUUUAAAAAAUAAAACUAAUUAGACACAUACUUUAUAAGAAACAUUAUUACACUACAUUAGUUUUUGUAAAAACAAUAUUGUGUGUGAGAUUUAGCAUUGUAUUAUUUACCUUUAUUAACAAGGAUAUCUCUGACCUUAUGUUAUUAUUAUUGUCUUACAGUUAUUCUCAUAUACAGUUUAUUCUCACAACACUACAUAUUUAUUCGAGUUGUUUGUAUCAUCGUUAGUGUUCGUUCGACUUUUGGUGUGUAAAAUUAUAUGCUUUAGCCACUAAUAGUGAUAAAUUAUCAAUUGUAAAUUAAUUGCUACAGAAACCUGGGCGCACUUUUAAUAUGACAAGUAUAUGACAAAACACAAGAAAUAUCUGCAGUUCUUUUAAGAUACCAGAAACGGAAAUUACACACCCACACAAUAUGGAAUUAUUAAAAAUAUUAUUAGGCAUUAAUUUAAUAUUAAUUAACGUAAAUACUGUUACUAGCAAUGAUAUGCAUUAUGCUGCAGUUUGUAAUGCAAAAAAGUCAAAUCUACAUUUAAUACGCUACGACGUCGACUUAAAACUAUACAUAGAUAAACUUAUGAACCUACAUGAUAAUGAAUAUUUCAAAUCAUAUGUCGAAAAGCAAGAAGCAAAUGGCAAUUUUGUCUUCUAUGGUGAAUCUAAUAUAUUUUUUCAACCUGUUGGUGUAGAAAAGGUGAUACGUCUAUACUUUCUAAAUCUAAAAAUAAAUGAACCAGAAAUAAAAGUUACUUAUGGUUCUCGUAUUGAGAAAGUGAUAAUGCCUGUAACAUUUACAUAUAACGUUGAAUGUCAAAGUUUUGAAAUUUAUUUUGAUGAGCCUUUUCUACCUGAAACUUAUCGUCUGACUGUAAAAUUUGUCGGUAGUAUAAAUGAUGAAGCGGGAGGUUUCGUCAGAAAAUCAUAUACAAACCGUAAAGGAGAAAAAGCGUGGAUUAUCACAGCAGCCGAUUUCCGAGGAACUGGAAUCCGACAAAUAUUUCCAUGCUGGGGCCAUCCAUUUAUAAAGACUAAUUUCACAAUUUCCAUAACGCAUCCUCUAUAUUAUAUUGCUUUGUCAAAUGCACCAAUUGAGCGAGCAUUGUAUGAUUCUGAUAAUAACAUGAUUCGUUCAAACUUUCAGACAACUGAUAAUAUAUCCCCUGAUAACGUAGCGAUUGUAGUAUUCGAUUUUGAACGCAUUUCUGACACAGGAAAAAUGUGGUGCAGGCAAUCGGUAAAACAGCAAUUGGAAUUCGCACAAAAAGUUGCUGAAGAUACCAUAGAGUAUUUGAUAGAAAAACUUUACAAUGCAAAAAUUCCGCCAGAUGUGGAAUAUGCUGCAAUUCCAGAUUUUCAAGACGAAGGCAUGGAAAGUUGGGGAAUUGUUCUUUAUAGAGAAACAGCUAUUAUCUAUAAUAAAACAUUAGAUUCUGUAGCAUGGAAAUUUGAAGUAACUCGCACAGUAGCACGUAAAAUCGUGUACCAAUUCUUUGGUAAUCUGGUCGGCCAAUCUUGGUGGUCUUAUUUAUGGUUUAAUGAAGGCAUCGCUACAUAUUUGACCAUGAGAUUUGUACAGAUUAUACAUCCUCAACUGAUGGAUUUAUUAGUAGUACAAUUUCAACAUGAGUCUCUUUAUUUGAAUGAUUACUACAAUAUGUCUCUUGUACGUGAAGUUAAUUCUCUCUCCGAUAUUAAUUCACUUUUUUCUUUCAUUCAUUACGUUAAAGCACCUAUCUUUGUGCGCUCAUUAUUAGAUGUAAUUUCCAAAGAAGCGUUUGAGAUUGGCCUCAAUAACUAUUUAACUAAGUACCAGCUUCAACCCAUUGAUACCUCGAGUAGCACUAUUGACAACUUUUUCAAUGUUCUACAAAAAGAAGUAAUUCACGAAUCAGAUGUUGACUUAAAAAUAAAUUUGGGUUAUUGGACAAAGCUAGAGCACUAUCCCAUACUACAAGUAACACGAAACUUUUCUAAAAACGAGGUCCAAAUAUCAUUAUCGCCAAAAAAUCUCAAUGAAGCAUAUCUGAAUGAAUUAUGGAUAUGUGUGAGCUAUACUACUCAGAGCGCUCCCGAUAUUACAAAGAAAAGAUGGUUAAAACCGCAAAAUGUUUUAAGCUUGACUGAUAUCCCAAAAUAUGAUUGGAUCAUUGUGAAUGUACAACAAGCUGGAUAUUAUCGUGUUAAUUACAACGACGAUAAUUGGCAAAAACUUAUACAACAUCUAAACUUAGCGGAAAACAUUGAUAUACAUGUUCUCAAUCGUGCUCAGAUCAUCGAUGACGCAUAUUAUUUCCUAUCAAAAUAUAAAUUUGACUUCGAAUUUUUCAAAAGUCUCACGUAUUAUCUAUCAAAUGAAACAGAUUAUAUAGCGUGGUAUCCUAUGUUCAAAAUUAUGGAACGUGUAUCAAGAUUUUUUCCAUUUUUAAAAAGUGCAAAUGUCAAGGAACACUUCAGGGAAAUUUUGGAAAAUGUUCUGAGAAAGAUAGGAUAUAUUGACAGGGGAGUGACAGAAAAUGAUUUCAUUAAAUGUUUGAGACUAGAAGCCGUAAAAUGGGCAUGCAUUUUGAAUUCUUUGGAGUGCACAGCUAUUGCUAAUUCUAAUUUAAUAUUGCAUCACAAAAGUUCUACACCAAUUUUGCCAGGUUGGAAAGAAUGGACAUACUGUAAAGGACUGAUGCUAGCAGAUGAUAUUUUUUGGAACAAAAUGUUCAAUUUAAAAGAUACAAAAGUAUUAGAUAAUACAUUUUUAGAAUAUUUGGCGUGCCCUAAAAAUCAUAACAUCAUUAUCAUUUAUCUCAGGCGAUUAAAUGAGGGAUAUUUUACUGAACAACAGCAUAUUAUAAUUUUUCAUACUAUUAUUGCACGACAUGCAAAAAAUGAUUUAGUAUUCAAUUACAUAUUAACAAAUUUAAAAUAUAUUAUGCCUAAAAAGAUGAAGAGAUUUGUAGCAUUAGUAGAUAUUAUUAAUCAUGUGUACACCACGGAACAACUUUCAAAGGUGAACAACUAUGCAAGUGAUCAUGAUUACGUAUUUUCUUCUAACUAUAUGUUUGGAUAUAUUAAUAAAAAAAUAGGUCAACGAUUACGUGAAAUCAGGACUCAUGUUAAUUACUUCAGUUUCCUAAAGUGAUAAAGAAUCUCCGUGUGUAAUAAUAUUAUAUAUUUGUCUAUAUUAAAACAUUUUCUUGUAUAUUUGUCUAUAUUAGAA